GGAAGCGAGCCGAGCCGAGCCGAGCCUCGGGGGCGACGCCGUAGCCGCUGCUUCUCUCGCGUCUCUGCGCGGCGGGCGGCCCCCUUCGUGUGAACGCUCCCACGUCCGGACAUGGGCGAUGCCGCUCUCGCGGGCGCUCCGCCGUUGUCAGACCUUGCUGGGCCUGCCUGGCCGUGCCUUCCGCCACUGGACGGCCCGGCCUCCCGAGCUUCGUCUGCGGGGAGAUCAGCGCGGCCACGGCUUGAGGGACUCCUCUCACAACGCCGCCUAUAAACACCUGGCAAAUGUCGGAGAGAAGAAGACAGUUAUUUGUAUCGAGGGCAAUAUCGCAAGCGGGAAAACAACAUGUCUGGAUUAUUUUGCUACAAAUACCAACAUUGAGGUUUUGACUGAACCAGUGUCUAAAUGGAGGAAUGUUAAGGGUCAUAAUCCUCUGGGCUUAAUGUACCAGGAUGCAACGCGGUGGGGAAUAACAUUGCAGACUUAUGUGCAGCUUACCAUGUUGGACCAUCAUACAAGAACACAGAUUUCCCCCAUAAGAAUGAUGGAGAGGUCAAUUUACAGUGCAAAAUACAUUUUUGUAGAAAACCUCUACCAAAGUGGGAAAAUGCCUGAAGUGGAUUACGUGGUAUUGACGGAAUGGUUUGAGUGGAUCCUAAAGAACAUUAAUGUUUCAGUUGACCUGAUAGUUUAUCUACAGACAUCUCCUGAGACAUGUUACAAGAGACUGAAAAGGAGGUGUAGGGAAGAAGAGAAGGUCAUUCCCUUGGAAUAUUUAGAAGCUAUUCAUCAGCUCUAUGAAGACUGGCUAAUUAAACAGACACUGUUUAAAGUUCCUUCUCCAGUGCUUGUGCUUCCAGCUGAUCAUGACCUAGAGGACAUGAUGGAAAAAUACAAAGAAAAUCAGGACCAAAUAUUGUCCCUCUGCAACACGCAGCGUAAUCUUUAGGAGAUCUGCCAUUAUGACUAGUUUGCCAUUUGCAGGAACUGAUUCUGAGGUUUUUGUGUGAUCCAGUGCGAGAGAGAGCAGGGAGUGGGGAAGCUGAGGAAGAGUUGAGAGGAACAGCUUUAGAGGUCUUCUGGAUUGUGACCUGUGCCAAGGGAAAAUGGACUGCUUGCUUGCACCUUUGAAUCUCAGUUUCUUUUUCAGAAGAAAUGGCCGCAACCUAUCCUGAGUUGCGCUCCCCCAGCUGUUCUUGGAACUGACUGUCCCCAGAUUGAUGAUUGUCUGUGAGACAUUUCCAGAAGGGAAAGAUUGCUGGUGUAACCUGUUUUAUGCCCCCUUCCCCAAGCUGCUUUUGACUUCAGGCAGAUGUUUUGCUCAUCCUCCAAACGGUUUUGUGAGCUUCGGGCAAUCUGAAAGAACUCACUGGGGGGCAGCUUUGCUUAUGCUUGGUGUAGACACAUUUCAUGUAUUUUGUGCUUGCUUUUUGUUUUCAUUUACAAACUACCUUUCUGUUGAAUGAAAAAUGAAGGAUUUGAGAUUUUUCCAGUUUUUUCUUCAAUUUUUGUAAUUAUACAUUGACUCCUCCUGUUAGUCUAAAAUGCUGUGGUUUUUAUUACUCAGCUGGUUUAGCAUCUGCCUGCAUUUUUAAAAAGAAUGUGUUUAAAACGGUUGUGAAGAAAAAAAGUUCAGAUGUGUCAAUGGAUAAAUUGCUUUAGAUAUAUUAGCUAUUUUAAUUAAAAUUGUCUGCUUUUUAUAGCCAUGGUUGUAAAAUUCUGUGUGAACAGGAGGGAUAGAACUCACGUAAUGUGAAUGGCUAGUUUUUUUCCAGUGCUUCUCAUAACAGUUCAGGGCACCUGUUGUAUCCUUACCAAGAGCUAGUUUGCAUCUUACUGUUGCUACAAGAUCAUCAAGGUGAGUUUCCAAGGGUGUGUUGUUUAAAGAGACAGUGGUGUUUAGUGGUUAGAGUCUGUCUAAAACCUGGCAGACCUGUAUUCAGAGUUGUCAUGAAAUUUAGACCUGUCACCAUCCUUCAGUGUAACCUUACUUCAAAGGGUAUUUGGUUCUGGGGACAGAGUGGAAAAUACAUGCACCACCCUGAACUCCUUGGAUGAAUGAGGAGAAAAUGAAAUCACUCCCAGUAGCAGAUUCAGCUUGUGUUAGCAGUGCUGUAGCCAAAACAAGGUUACUGAGAAAGUCAGUGUUGUCCUUACUAAAUUGUAGUGUUGUAGCCUGCUAUAUUUUUUCAGAAUAUUUUUUAAAGCAUGGGGUGGAUGCAGCACUCCCUGGUUGCUGCUGCUGCUGUUUUGCAGGGAGAGGGUGCUCGUGUGGCUCUAGGUGGCCGAUCCAGAUGUGGGUAGUACAGAGGCACUUUAAAAGCCAGACUGCAGCCAGUGAUAAAGGAGUUCCUGUGGUUCAGGGGACCUCUUGGUGCUCCCUGCAAUAAGUAUCCCUCAAUCAUCUGUGAGACACAAGGGGACUUUAAGUGUUGGCUUAAAAUUCCCAAGGGAUUUAAUAUGGGGUGUGAAGCCAGAGAGUGUACAAGUUGAAUCUUUCAGCUAGAUUCUCUGCCCCGUAAUCCAAGUUAAUUGCAUUGUUUCCAGAGAUGUGGCGAUUAUGCUCAAUUGCAGAGACAUGCCUUGAUGGUUGGGAAGAGUGGAUGCAAUUACCCACAUGUCCAUUUGUGCUUGGAACUAAUUGUGGGCUAUCAUGCUAUCUAGAGUAACUGCAUAGGAACCUUGCGCAGUUUUGUGUUGCAAGCACUGCCACAGCCCUCCUGCAGCCCAUCCAGUGCUGAAGGAAGGAAGGAAGGAAGGAAGGAAGGAAGGAAGGAAGGAAGGAAGGAAGGAAGGAAGGAAGGAGCCCACCAGCAGUCCAGGUUGUGGGAUCACUGUGGAAUUUCUGUUCCUUUUCACCCACCUUUAAAGGGUUGAAUCAGCUGCAAUAAUGCUGUGGCACUUUCUCUAAUGGAGAAAGAGCACUUUGGCAGCUGUGGAGAAGAGUCCCAUGUUGUCAGAGUUAGCUUGACUGCGACAAGGAGACGACUAGGAAAUUGCACAGAUGCUGCACGGGGAGCUUGGGCAGUGCUUGCAACAUGAAGCUCAUUUGCAGAACUCUAUUAAAUUGUAAGUGGCACUAUUGCGUAGUUCUAAAAACAUCUCACAUAUAAUGCCUGAGUAAUCCAGACAUUUGAGUAAUUUCAGAUUUAGAACUUAGAACUUAGUAAUUUCAGAUUUAGAACCUUGUAUUCCUUGGGUUUCCCCCACCUACACAUCAUGAGAUGAUCUAUUUAGACUGGUUAUUUGCAUAUGUUCAUCAUCUACUGUGAUGCCUUCAUGACCUGAACAGGCGUAUUUGUUCAAUGGCCUGUAUUGAUCCAGGUCACAAGAUGACCGUCUGAGAGCAUGUGUGUUUAAAAAGGCUGCCUUUCAUUGUGGCUCCAACCCUGAUACUGUUCUGAACUCUAUGUACAGAUGUGGGUGCAAGUUUAAGCAAUUACUGUAAAGAACGUGUUUCCCCUUUGGGAGAUGUGUGCAUGUUGUAUCGAAACAAUAAUUGAGUUUACUUGAUUUUUUUAAAGUAUGCAUUUUUGUACAGAUGGCUAUGAUGUGUGUAAAAUGUACUGUUCAGAAUUGUUUCUGGAAAGUAACCUUGGCAUUUCAUAAAACUACAGUUCUGCAGUAUGGAAAGAAAUGAACGGAGGAGACAGAAGUCAAAAGCUAUUUUAUUUACUGAAGCAUUUUUGCCCCAUCCUUUAGAAGAGUCACAUUCUAACAUUCCUCUUCUUACUUCUUUAUUAAACACCUAGUGAUGUUGAAAGACA